AAAAAAAAAAAAAAAACUUUUAAUACCUUCCACUUUUACUUUUUUAUUCUCGUACACUAGCACAGGUACAUUCUAGUAGUAAAACUUGUACAAGCAUGCAAUAACCUGUCACACUGGUAAAAUCUGGCACAGUGGAUGACCUAAAACUAGAUAGAGAGUUAAAUUAUUUUCUUUUGGAUUUGCUAAUCAGUGCAAUAGGUGAGGACGAGAGAUUUGGAGCUCUAGGGAAGACUGAAUAUCAUGUUGUCUACUACUAUUGAUUCAAGCCCUUGGACAUUGAGGAAGAAGAGAGGAAAGAAAAGGGUCACGAGUGAUGGUGGAUUUAGGGAUUAACAUUGUGAGCCCAUGUGAAGAUAAAACCAGUUCCAUGAGCUCAUGUAGUAUUCGAAUAUAGAAAAAUGGCAAGUUUGGCAAUGUGGAACUAGAAACACUCAAUAUAUUGUAGCAGUGUUGAUGGUGUUAUUGGAGAGAGAGAAUGAGGCCAGUGUGUGGGUGUGCGACUGUGCAUGCGUGCGUGCAUGGUGUGUGUGCGUGUGUGUGUUGUACAAUGCCUUUUUAAUUGCUUCCAUCAAUUUCAAGUUCACUACUAUUCUUUGAUUGACAUGUGAUUUUUUUUUUCAUUGCUAUUGUCUUCCAUUUCCUUUAUUCUACUUGGAUGCCUAUCAGUUUUAUCUGUUCCCUUCAUACAAACACUUCUUUAUAUCCAUUAUAUAUUGAGAACUGUGAGCUUAUCUCUGAUAGAUCAAAGAGGAAAAAGGCUGUCUCAAGUGUAGAGAACACCGAGUCUGUAACAGCAGGUCAGGGCUCAAGUGAUGGGAAGAAGGCACUCUAUCACUGUAAUUAUUGCAAUAAAGAUAUUUCAGGAUUGAUUCGCUUUAAGUGUGCAGUGUGUCCAGAUUUUGACCUCUGUGUUGAGUGCUUUUCUGUUGGUGCUGAGGUUAAUCCUCACAAAAGCAACCAUCCAUAUAGGGUUAUGGAUAGCCUGUCAUUCCCUUUAAUAUGUCCUGAUUGGAAUGCAGAUGAAGAGUCAUUGCUCCUGGAGGGGAUUGAAAUGUAUGGGCUCGGUAAUUGGGCUGAAGUGGCAGAGCAUGUAGGAACAAAAAGCAAAAAAGAAUGUAUUGAUCACUAUAAUAAUAUAUACAUGAACUCUCCUUGCUUUCCGCUUCCGGACCUGUCUCAUGUUGCUGGAAAGAAUAGAGAGGAGCUUUUUGCUAUGGCCAAGGAACAUAGUAACCCUAUAGCUACUGGUCCAGCUCUGAAAGAAGAAUUAUCGAAAGAAGAGUCUAUAAAUCCUGGAACAGUAAAGAUUGAAGAACCGCAGAAAGAAGCUUCAGGUAGCCACUCUUCUCAGGCUGUUGAGAAGCCAACAAAUGUCCUUUCAGCCCAAGAUGGGAGUAUCAAAGUUGAAGAUUCUCACCUCGACCGGAGUGUUGGAGAAAAGAAACCUAGAGCGUCAGCUGAUGAAGGACCUCCAGUUACAGAUUUAUGCGGGUACAAUCCCAAAAGAGAAGAAUUUGAGGUAGAAUAUGAUAAUGAUGCUGAACAUUUACUGGCAGAUAUGGAAUUCAAAGACACUGACACAGAAGCUGAACGUGACUUAAAGCUCAAAGUUUUGCGAAUCUACAAUCGGAGGCUUGAUGAGAGGAAGCGUAGGAAAGAUUUUGUACUUGAGAGGAAUUUACUGUACCCAGAUCCUUUCGAGAAAACUUUGACACCUGAAGAGAAGGAAUUAUGCCAGCGUUAUAGGGCAUUCAUGCGUUAUCACUCAAAGAAAGAGCACGAGGAGCUGCUGGCAUCUGUUGUUAAUGAACAUCGGAUUCGCAAAAGAUUACAGGAUCUACAGGAAGCUAAGGCUGCUGGUUGCCGCACCUCUGCUGAGGCAGAUAUAUACAUAGGGAGGCAGAGGAGGAUGGAAGCAGAGGAGAAUGCCCGCAAACAGAGAGAGAGUGCUGAGGCUGGUGCAGGGGGUAAAGUGUUGCUGAGGAAUAAUAGAGAUUUUGUCAGCAAGGACUCAGCUUCGACGACUACAGGACAGUUUAAGACCAACUCCCUUGACAAGUGGGAUAUCACUGGGUUCCCAGGGGCUGAUCUGCUCUCUGACAAGGAGAAGAAGCUUUGUUCGGAGAUUAGGAUUCUACCUUCACAUUAUCUCAACAUGUCGCAAACUCUGACUAUGGAAGCAUUCAAGGGGAAUAUUACCAAGAAAUCUGAUGCUCAUGGUUUGUUCAAGGUCGAUCCUAGCAAAGUCGAUCGAGUGUAUGAUAUGCUUGUGAAGAAGGGAGCUAUAUCUCAGUGAAGGCCUUGUAUGUUCCCAUCUUCAGUUUCAAAUAAAUUUCAUUUAAUUAAACCACAGAAUCACAGUUAAUUUUUCGCUGCCUAGGUAGGAUAAAGUUUUUAAGGAUAGACUAUGAUGUAUGUCGAAUUUUAUUUUAUAUUAUAUGCGAACCACAUUUAUUUUUUGCAAUCACCGUA